AUGACGAUAGCUCCUGCCAGGGUGAACUUUGGACUUGUCCACAGCAUGAGGUUGGGCCUCUCUGUUCUUUUUAUGGGAUCAACUUCUUCUGACAAUGGCACCGUCUCCAAGAACACCCUCGUCAGCGACGCCGUCGAGGGCACCCCCCGGAGUGCCAUCCGCCCCUGCCUCGAGAGCACGAACGCCUGGCUCUUCGUCCACUCCGAGGCGAUCUCCGAGGCCCUCAAACGCUACCGCGCCUUCCAGCGCGAGCGCAAGCUCGAGGACAACGACUCCAUGGGCGCCGUCUUCGAAGGCCGCUUCUACGGCCCCGACGAGUUCAGGUCCACUGAUACCAUGCCCAGCCGCGCCGAGCUCUUCGGCAAGAUCCUAUGUGCCCUGCAGAGCCUCGCCGUCUGCGCCGCUCGACGUUUCGCGCCCAGACUCACUCAAUCGACCCAAAGGACCCAUUUGGACAUACAUGAAUUUACCAAUCUAACCUUAAAAAAAUAUUAA